AUGGUGGCGGCGCCGCCUGGGGCAGCGGUGGCGCCGUCCGGCCGGACGUCUGCCUUUGCGUCAUGCACCCUUGCGCUCGCCAAGGCCAUCAUCGGCGCAGGCAUGGUCGCGAUACCGCGCGCCUACCUGACCCUGGGCGCCGCCCUGGGCACCGCCAUGCUGGCCCUGGUGGCGUUGCUGGUGCUGCACAGCAAGGCCCUCCUGGUGGACGGCGCGAGGCGCUACCGCGGCGCCACGACGUACCGCCGCCUCGUGCAGUCGGCGGUGGGGCCGCGCACCGGACUGCUGGCGCAGGUCUCGGUCAUCCUGUUCUGCUUUGGUUUUGUGGUGGUCAACCUGGUUGUGCUCACCGAUGUUGUGAGGGGCAACCCCCCGGCAGCAUGCAACGGCCUCGUCUGCCUGCUGACCGGCGCCGUUAACGGACCGCUGGAGAGCCGCAGCCUGGUGCUCCUUGCCGUCGCGGGCGGCGCCGCCGCACCACUGCUGCUGCUCAGGUCAAUCCAGCGCCUGACCUGGCUCAACUACGCCGGCAUCGCGUCGUCCUUCAGCCUCGCCGCCCUGGCCGCUGCCCUGGGCGCGUCCGCUCUGGCCCGCGGCACCGCCCAGCCGCUGCCCUGGAUGCCGCCGCACCUGGCGCCAGACGGGCCCACUGACGGCGGGGGUGACAACCGCACCCCCUGGCCCAGCAGCGGCGGCGGCAUCGGCAGCCGCGGCGUGCGGGGUGGCGACGCAGCUGCGCGCCACCCCUUGGUGUCUCUUGUGGUGGACGCUGUCGGUGUCCUGGCGGUGGUGCUCACCAGCUUUGUGGCCCACCAGGCAGUGCACCCGGCCAUGCCUCUCCUGGGCGCAAGCUACACCCCGGCGCGCAUGCGACGCGUGUGCGCCGCCGCCCUGGCCAUUGCCCUCGCAGUCUAUCUCUGCUUUGCGGUGGGGGCGUGCCUGGCCUUUGGCCCGCAUCUCCACGCCAACGCGCUCUCAAGCUUUAGCGUGGCGGCCAUGGCGCCGCUGCUUGGCGGCGAGGGCGCGGCGCGCGGUGUGGCGGUGGCGCUGCUGGGCGGCUACUUUGUGACGGUGCUGAGCUCCCUGGUGCUGUUCGUGCACCCACUCAGGACCAGCUUGGCGGAGCUGGUGUGGGACAACAGUGGGGCAGAAGGCAGCGGCUUGGGCGCGGGACGCGGUACCUCGCGGGAAGCACGCUGCCACAGCGACGGCGGCGGCGGCGGCAACAGCAGCGACAGCGAAAGCGACAACAGUAGCGAGGACGGCAGCGGCGUGCGCGAUGUGGCUGCGGAAAGGGAGUCGCGCCACUACCUGGCUCUGACGUAUGGCAUCCUGGUCUGUGCGACAGCAGCGGCCAUCGCAAUCCCGGGUGUGCACCUGGGGCGAGGGACCCUGGCGGGAUUGCAGUGCAUCUGCCGGGCCUGA